UCAGAUUGAGCAGCAGAUCAUGGAGACUGGAUCUGUCGUUUUUUCGAGGGACUUUGAAUCGUUCGUUUUCAACAGCUCCUCCACAAGUUCCUCCAUCAUGCUCAACAGCAGCAUGCAGAGUCCGUUGCCCGAAGAAUCAUACUUGGUGUUGGGAAGACCACGUCGUUCGUUCGGGACUGUAGGGGUGGUCGUCAUCAUACUUAUCACUAGCUGCAUCAGCCUGCUAACAGUCCUGGGCAACGUCCUGGUUCUGCUUUCAAUCAAAGUCAACCGCAAUCUCCGAACCAUCAACAACUACUUCCUUUUUAGUCUUGCUUGUUCGGACCUUAUCGUCGGUGUUUUCUCCAUGAAUCUCUACAUUGUGUACGCCGUAAAGGGGUAUUGGCCUUUGGGACCGCAGAUGUGCGAUUUGUGGUUGGUUGUGGAUUACGUGGUGAGUAACGCCUCUGUGAUGAACCUCCUGCUGAUCUGCUUUGACCGGUACUUCUGUGUGACCCGGCCUCUGAGUUACCCAACCAAACGUACCGCAAGGUGGGCUGGGGUGAUGAUUGCUGCGGCUUGGUUACAGUCUCUGCUUCUCUGGGCUCCAGCCAUCCUGCUUUGGCAGGCUGGGAGGGACAGGAGCAAGGUCCCGGAGGGACAAUGUUAUAUCCUGCUCCUCGACAACCCUGCCGUAACCCUGGCAACCACCAUCCCAGCGUUCUACAUUCCCGUUGUGAUAAUGAUGAUACUGUACACACGGAUAUCCCUGGCCAGUCAGAGACGGGUUCAUAAGCUGAAGCCUGAAUUCGCAAACCUGCUUGAACCGUCUAAGGCAAGUGGAGGAACGUCAACCGCAAACCCUGACCUAGUGAUUGACAUUAAACCCAAUGAAACAUGCUCAUUUAAACAAGAUUCAAUGCUCGUUAGAAUGAAACGCCUCCCUUCUGUAGAGUUCAGCAAAACGGACUACUUCUUGGAUUCAAGUCCUGAUGCCUCUGCGGAAGACCAAGGGCUGGAUGCAGAAACCUCGAGACCGAAGACCUUGACAGGGUGUGCAGAAACUAGCAGGACAAUGCAACCUCACUGUCUUCAAAACCAUACUACCAUUCAGGUUCAAAGUCAAGCAUCCAAUGUUCUCUCCAAGAAUGCCAGACGGAAGGCUCUUAGAGAAAGGAAGGUGACAAAGACCGUCCUUGCCGUUCUUUUGGCCUUCAUUGUAACUUGGACGCCUUAUAGUGUUAUGGUUCUGAUUGGUACCUUCUGCCGCUGGUGUGUCCCUGAAAUUCUGUGGAUGGUGGGUUACUUUAUGUGCUACGUCAACAGCACGGUAAAUCCAGUGUGCUACGCGCUCUGUAACGCCACUUUCAAAAGAACCUUUAAACGACUGUUGACGUGCAAGUUCAGAAAUCUGACAUCAAAAUGAGUCGGACUUCAUUCUCUUAUCAAGGACUCCUAGCGAACCAACGAGGAACCUGAUUCGCUCAAACGUUUCGUGACUGUGAAGCUGUUUUACUAGAGCCAAAAGUGGAAAAAAAGUGAAGUUGGUUGACGUUAUUGGUGUUUAUGAUGUUGCUGAUAUUGUUGUUUGCGAAUGUAUUCUUACGCCAACAGUUUGUGUAAAUCAAUGCGAUAGUUUAGAGAAGACACUGAUUCUUAUUUUGUGAGCAUGAUGCUGGUUUACUAGAGCCAAAAGUGUAAAUAAAGUGAAGUAUUUAUCUUGUUGCUAAUGUUGUAUGCAUUAAAUGUAUCGGAAAGUCAUUAAGUUCGCAAAUGCAUAUAUGUAAAUCAACUUACAAAACACCUCGAUUCAUAUUUUUUGUGAUGGUGUUUAACCAAAGUGAAAAGUAAAAAUAAACGUUCGUAAUUUAAUAUUCAUCAGGGCACUAUUAUUGCAUUUGUUCUACGA